CGCGGAGUAAAGAUGGGAAUUACGGGAUUGUUGCCGUUUCUGGAAAAGGCCAGCAGUACCUACCAUUUACGUGAUCUCCGUGGCAAGUGCGUGGCUAUCGAUAGCUACUGCUGGCUACAUCGUGGCGCUUUCGGCUGUGCGGAGCGGCUUGCCAGGGGUGAAACAACCGAUCUACACAUUCAGUACUGCCUCAAGUACGUUCAACUUCUCCUAUCGUACAACAUCAAACCAAUCCUGGUGUUCGAUGGCCGUCAUUUGCCGGCCAAAGCUGCAACGGAAUCCAAACGUCGCGAAAGCAGAGAAAAUGCACGUAAAAGAGGCGCAGAGUUGUUGCGUCUCGGACGUACCGAGGAAGCACGCAGUUACCUGAGGCGGUGCAUUGAUAUUACGCCCGAUAUGGCGUUACAGUUAAUACAGGAGUGCCGCCGGUGGAAUGUCGAUUGCAUUGUGGCGCCGUACGAGGCAGACGCGCAGCUUGCAUUUCUGAAUCGCGCCGACAUCGCACAAUAUGUCAUCACAGAAGAUUCCGAUCUGGUGCUGUUCGGCUGCAAUCGGAUCCUGUUCAAGCUGGACUUGACGGGUAACUGCCGAAUGGUGGACGCGUCGAAAUUGCACCUAGCAAUGGGUUGCCGCGAGGAACGCUUCCAGUUUGCCAAGUUUCGUUACAUGUGCAUUCUGUCCGGAUGUGACUACCUCGACUCCUUGCCCGGAAUUGGCCUAGCUAAGGCGUGCCGCUUUGUGUUGAAGACGGAAGAUCCCGACAUCCGGAGAGCGUUGGCAAAGAUACCUUCCUACCUCAACAUGCGGCAGCUUUCCGUGUCUGAAGCAUAUAAGGAUGAAUUUCUGAAGGCGGAUGCUACCUUCAAACAUAUGGUUGUGUACGAUCCAGUGCAGAGAAGACAGACGCGACUGCUGGACCCGGACGAAGAAGGUACUCCGGAGGCAUACUGCUGCAAUGCGGGUGAAUUUUUAGACGAAAACACGGCCUUUAAUCUGGCUUUAGGAAAUUUGGAUCCCUUUUCCCUCCGACAAAUGGACGAUUGGCAUCCGGAUGCAGCGGAUGAAGUUGACGGUGAGCCGGCGAGGAAGCGUCGCUAUCCAAGCAUUUGGAAGAAAAAUUACAAAGCUUUAGUAGAAGAGAAACAGAUGGUGAGACAAUGCUCUUCGAAACAAAAGACUGCCUCAAUGACGACGUUUGUUAAACGGCCACCUCCAAAUGCAUAUUUCGAAGAGCAGGGUACGAAGGACACAAUAUGCGAUGUGCUGCAGGCAUAUGGCAUCCAAAGCAACGAACCACCACUAAAACGGCUUUGUUAUACCCAAACGGCACAGUCAUCCAUUUUAUCUUCCGUCGCGAUCGAGUACGAAGACGUGAACGCGUUGGAAACGAUGGCUUUGCUCGAGCAACAACCGACAACACCCAAACGAAACCGGAACCCAUUCGUAAUGGCCACCACCAGUGGUGGGUCCGUUACGUGUCGCAAUUCACCUAACGCCGAUUUACUGUCGCCCACAAAGAUUACGCCAGAAAAUCGAUCAUUGCUGCAGAACAUCAGCCCAGUGAAACGGAUCGAUUAUUCUCAGCAACGGCAAGGCUCAAUAGCGGCCACCACCACAACCAGCCGGCUGAGUCGGUUCACCCGUGCCAACACAACGGCCACCACUGGCGGUUCCAACAACGGUGGACAGAAGGUGAUAAGUAGAUUUUUCUGCACACAACAAACAAAGGUACAAAUGGCAAGCACUCUUAAAUCUACGACGAAUGCGGAAAAUCCAGAAUCGUACAAAACCGGCACCGAUAGCGGAGCACUGCAUGAAUCUCCGACGGCUAUCGUGAAAGCGAUUAAAAGUAAGCGAAGCCAAAUGUUGGAAGCCACCGCACUGUACCUGCAAUCGCCAGAAGCUCAACGGUCGAACCGGGGAGAACGAACACCGGAAAAGGGCACGAAUCCGCACCUUGCUUGCACCGACGAUAAACGGUCCCAAUUGGAUCGGUUUGACAGUGGCAUUGCCAUGGGCGAGAAGGAUCGAGCGGAGGAUGACAAUCCUAUGGAAGAACCCAACAGCAGUGACGGGUUAAGCUCUUCACAGAAGGAAAACGAUGGAACCAGUAUGUUUGAGCCAGAAAGCGAGUGCACAAGUCCCAGGGUUAGAGGUUCUGUACGGUUGGCAUUAUUUGAGCGGCAUCAUGGGAAGAAAAUUGGUGAAGUUAACUGUAUCGAGAAUGAUCCCGAAGAACUGGCCAUUGUAAUUGACGACAACGACGAUGUUGAUGCUAUUGAUAUGGGACAGAAAGAGGAAUUGACGCAACCAAACCCGUCAGCGAGUCGUAAGCCCAAGGAACCGGAAACUAUGAAAUCGGCUGCGGUUGGCGUAAAGAACGUGAAAUCAAAAGCUUCCUGCAGACGCCCGGGACUAUCGACCACUCGAAAACAGUCUUCCAAAGGUGAUAAUGGAGGUUUAACGCAGAGUAGACUUUCAAUGUUUGGCUUUCAGAAAAAGUCUUCAAUGCAACUGGGAAAUCAGUAGCCGCCAUUGCGGCCAUUUUUGACUGCAACUAUUGUUGACUGUAGCGAAUGCAUUUAUGAUUUAGUGUUUGUUGUUCGUUCACACGAUAAGACUCCAAUUAUAGAACAUAAGCCCAUUUCCCAGUAUAUGAAUUACGAAGUUAUCGUGGAUUCCGUUUUGAUAAUAAAAUUUGUUUUUGUUUCUUUCUUGUAAA